UCUUGCUGGUAACUUGCCAUGACUAGCCUCAGGAAAAGUUGCACAAUGUUAAUGUUUGACAAGUAGGAAGAAGGGCCUUGGCUGCCAUAUCUCUCAGUGUGAGGCAAUACAGCCGUAGUCUUUCAGUUCUUGUUCUGUUCAAGAACUCUUAGGUUGCUCUGCAAACAGGAGGAAUUACACAUUCAGGUCUGAGGGAGACCGUGUCCGUCUGUCUGUGAAACCAUGGAGGUGCUGGUGCUAAUGGACUUUGAGGGCACCAUGGGGGAUGAGAUGACAGUGAGAACAGGGGAUGUGGUUAAAAACGUCACCAAGUCCAAUGAGGAGGGGUGGCUGGAGGGGGAGCUGAGGGGCAAGAAAGGCAUCUUCCCAGCCAACUUUGUUAAGGAGGUGCCGGUGUAUUUGAUAGGCGACAGCAAAAGGGAACCGAGAAGCAUAAGGAAAACCAAGAGGAUGAAACAGCAGAGGAAAUGCGAGGUAACGUACGCCUACAGCCCCAUGAAUGAAGAUGAGCUGGAGCUGGCUGUCGGGGAGAUAAUAGAGAUCAUCAGAGAGAUUGAAGAUGGAUGGUGGAUGGGGCUUAAAAAUGGCAAAGUCGGAGCAUUUCCAUCAAAUUUUGUCAAAGAAAUCUUUGUGCUCUCUAAAGAUGCCAAGAGCAGUGAGGGCAAAGUAAGACCCAAACUCGCAGAUGCAGUUUUCAGUAAAGAGCAACAUCAAAGAACAAGUGUGAGGAACAAAGCCAAAAAUGUGACGGAGUGCUGCCAAGUCAUGUUCGACUAUAAAGCCCAAACGGACGAUGAGCUGGCUCUAAAGAAAGGAGACAUUGUCAUGAUAAUCAGCAAGGAAACAGAAGAUGAAGGCUGGUGGGAGGGAGAGCUAAACGGACGCCGAGGUUUCUUCCCGGAUAACUUUGUCAUGGUGAUACCACCAGUGGACAAUCUGCAAUCUGGGACCGCAAGCCAGCCGCCUGCUCGCAAAGGCAGCGAGAGACGCUCAGUGAUGGCAGAGGCGUCAGCAAUGGAGAAAGGUGGACCAGUGAAGACAAAAGAUGAAAAACCAGAGGGAAAGGACCUGAGAAGCAACCCUCCAACCAAAGUCAAGCUGCCAUGUAUCAACAAGCCCAGCCCCCCACCUGUCAAGGACAAACCCAACAAGCCUUUGCCUAAAGCCAAUGGGGAAUUCUUGCCUGUCUCACCAAAACAGCCAGAGGAGAAGGACUCUGACCAGUUUGAUGGAGUGGACGUGUCCACCGAAAAGCUGAGCCAUCCCACAGCAAACAGAGCCAAACCCCCACAGAGGAGACCACCAUCUGGCCUGGUCACAGCAGCACAGGCGCAGAGCGGCACCGACCACACGGAACCAGAGUUAUCGCCAAAAAAGCCCCAAGCAGAGAAAUCGGCUGGCGUACAGAAGGGUGCAGACACUCUCACACCAUUGCCUUCCAAGCCUGAUCAUCUGCCCAAGACCCCUCCUCCAACUCGACCAGCACCACCCAAGGUAGUGCUGGACACCAGAGCUGUGACCCAGAAACAAGAGCUUUCCCUGGAAAGCCUGCAGGCUGAGAUCAAGGAACUGAGGAUGACACUGGAUCUCCUGCAAACACAACAUGAGCGCGACAUGCAGGAAAUGAAAGAAGAACUGAGAGAAGAGAGAAGCAAACGAACGGCGCUGCAGGAGGAGGUACAUAGUUUGAGGAUGAAACAUUAAUCCCAGCUGACACUGUGACUGGCUUGGUUGUCUGAGACGAUGUCAGGCCCUUGAACUGCAAAUUUACACAAGAGGAACAUUUUCCUGACAUGGAGUGCGAGACGGGGAGGGACAAGCCUGGUGUCUUCUCCCUCUGCAGACACACGAGCGAGGGCUGCAUUAGAAAGCACGGUUGAUCGUAAGGCCCGGCUAAUCCUCCAUCCGAUUGAAUGAACUGGACUUUGAAUUCAAAUCAUGUACUGUUUUGUACAUACCGUAUGCUGGAAAAACACUGGGGCUGAGCUGGUUCUAUUUUCUAACAGUCAAAGACUUGCAAUGCUUUGUUUAAAACGUGUGUAGUUUUUCUUUUCUAUUACUUUUCACAUUGUUAAGUGUUAUGUUUACUAUUUGCAUAACCAGGGCCUCAGCAGAACAUGUAAUAAUAUAUGCACUUGUAUAUAGAAGGACAUAUUUUGGUGUCUUUUUAAAAGAAUUAAAAUAUAAUUUUAAGAUAUCUAAAGGGGCACUUUUACCAUAAUUUAAAGCGACAAUAAUAGGCUGACAUGCAGGUACGCUUUUAAAGAUCCGACUGCAACAACACAUUAGUCCAUUGGGGGGCACUGUUUGUCUACUUUUGUGCAUAAAUAAAUAUGAUCCUCCAUGGGUGCUGAAUUACAGAAAUAAAAUUGAUCUGUUGUUAACUCACAUUAGAGAAUAUGAAAAAAAAUGGAAGUACAACCUUAAGCAUGCAAUAUCAUUCAGAAGAGAAAAUGUGUGAGGAUUCAGUAUUUUAUAUUUGAACAGUCAAAGAUGGGUAAAAAUUGUGCUCCCCAUUUUAUGAACGUAAUGGG